AUGGCUACCUUUUCUCGUCUUGUCCGGUUCCUGGCCAAGGAUGGUCAUGUCUACUAUGGUGAUGCUCUGCUCCCAUUUGGCGUGAAUGACAUAUCCAAGGCUACACAGGCAAAAGUCAUCAGGGGCGAUAUCUUUGGCCAGCACCAGGUCACUGACCAGAUUGCCGAGGUGCGAAUGCUUCUCUCUCCACUGGCUCGUAAAGAUAUCGGGACUGUGCGCUGCUUGGGAUUGAACUACGAGCAGCACGCAAAGGAAUCCAAUAUGCCCUUGCCUACUUACCCAGUGCUGUUCUACAAACCUGUCACCUCUGUUGCAGGUCCCAGCGAUGACAUUCCUGUCUCAUUUCUUGCACAGGAGGGCGAGGGACUGGAUUACGAGUGUGAGUUGGUUGCCGUGAUUGGCAAGGAGGCCAAGAGUGUUCCAGAGAGCAAAGCUCUGGACUACGUCCUCGGGUAUGCUGUCGGUAAUGACGUCUCUCACCGUGACUGGCAGAUCAAGCGUGGUGGAGGCCAGUGGGGACUAGGGAAGGGUUUCGACGGCUGGGCGCCAUUUGGACCUGGCAUCGUGUCCUCCAAGAUUAUUCCUGAUCCCAACAAUCUUCAAAUCUCAACCACAUUGAAUGGGAAAACGGUUCAGUCAUCAUCUACAAAGGAUAUGAUCUUUGGCGUGGCAAAGACCAUCGCCUUCUUGUCCCAGGGAACCACUCUCCUCCCGGGAGACCUGAUCUUCACUGGAACACCCCAAGGUGUGGGUAUGGGCCGAAAGCCCGCUCUGUGGCUAAAGGACGGGGACCAAGUUGAGGUCUCGUUAGAAGGUGUUGGCUCAUGUGUGAACCGUGUUGUCUACGAGAGACCAGCAUCCAAGUUGUAA